AUUAGUCACGUUUUUAACCUGUUCUAAAGGUAGAUUGAUAUGAGCGAAGACUUCUAGGUAAAGAAGAUCUGCCUGUUUUUAGACAUAGGAAGAUGUUGCCGUCUAAAACGAAUGAGCGUAUAAGUUUUUAUAAAUAUCUUUUAUUUAUAUUUUCGUCGCUGGCAUGGUGUAUGGGAGCAACCCUUAUAGGAGUUGGAUUAUGGUUGAUUAUCGAUAGAAACUACUUAACUCAUAUUAUUGGAAGUUCUCUGUUUGAGGUGGCUGCUUACAUUCUUUUAGUUACAGGAUGUAUAACUUUUAUCAUCUCUUUACUUGGUUGCACUGGAAGCAUGAUGGAGAACAAAUGCUUAAUCUUUAGCUAUAGUAUAUGUCUGAUUGUAAUUGCUGUUGGAUUCUUUCUUGGAGGACUUUUGGCUGGUGUCUUCCGUACUCAAAUCGGAAAUAAAGUCAAAAGUAUAAUGGAAGAUACUUUAAGAGACCAGUAUGGAGUUGACCUUCACGAGGAAUUCAAUAGGGAUGUGACAAGGGCUUGGGAUAAAGCACAGGAAAAGCUUCGUUGUUGUUCCGUUAAUUCGAAAAGCUGGUUCAUUUAUAGAGAAUCAAAAUGGUUUAAAGACUUUGGUAAAAAGUCAAUUGCUGAAAAAGAGUUUUCGCACGAGGGACAAAAUCCUUAUGUACCUUCAUCAUGUUGCGUAAGAGACGAAUACUAUAGAGCUGUUAACGAGAGGGUUUGCAUGACUUGGAAUAUUGGACCACCAGGACAACACGAAGGUGCUUUAAACAGAGCUUUAUACUACGAUGGGUGUUACGAUAAAGGAAAGGAAUUUAUUCAAGAGCACACAAGCAUUAUGAUUGGCUUGGGAAUAACGUUUUGCAUAUUAAUUGCUACUGGCGUUCUUCUCUCCUGCUGCCUAAUUCGUAAUCUUCGACGAAAACAAGAAAUGGUCAAACAUUAA